AUGACCAUCACUCUUGAGACUGGCCCGGCCACGGUCCCCCUCCCCACCGACUUCCCGACCCAUGCCGCAGGCUACGCACCCCCUGCCAACCUGUCGGCACACGACGUCGCGUCAGUCGCUCAGACAUGGUUGAGCACCUUUGAGCGUGCCGCGACCACCUCGGACGGUGCCCUCCUCGCGACUCUGUUCACCCCCGAUGGAUUCUGGCGCGACAUUCUCGCGUUUACCAACGACUACCGCUCGAUCCGCGCCCACAACAUUGCCGCCGCCGCCAAUGUCGUCUUGCCCCGCGUCCAAGCCAGCAAGUUUGUCUUUGGCCAGACCGCACCCUCGCUCGCACGCCCCUUUGACGACGUGACAUUCCUCUCCAUCCAGUUUGCGUUUGAGACGCGCAGCGGACCGGGCUCGGGCUCGGCCAACCUCGUCUACCACGAGGGCGAGUGGCGCGCGUUCACGGCCUUUACCCUUCUGGAGGGCGUCAACGGUGUCACCCAGAGGAUUGGCGAAGACCGUCCUCGUGGUGUGCACAACACCCCACUGGGUUUCGACGACAUGCGUGCGCUCGAGUCCGACUUCAAGGACCGCAACCCGGGCGUCCUCAUCACCGGCCACAACGGCCUCUCACUCGCCGCACAGCUCAAGACGUACGGUGUCGACUCGCUCGUGAUCGACAAGCAGAAGCGCGUCGGCGACAACUGGCGACUCCGCUACAAGUCGCUCUCGCUCCACGACCCCGUUCACGACUGCCACCUGCCCUUUGUCCCCUUCCCCACCACGUGGCAAAAGUACAUGCCGGCCGGCAAGCUUGGCAACUUCCUUGAGCACUAUGUCGACAUGCUCGAGUUGAACGUUUGGUCCGAGGCCACGGUGGAUCCCACGCGUACCAAGUUUGACGAGAGCACCGGCAAGUGGACCGCCACUGUGCUCCGCACCGUGGACGGCAAGGUCGAGACGCGCGAGUUUACCGUCUCGCACGUCGUCCUCGCUACCGGUCUCGGUGGUGGUCGCCCCAAGAUGCCCGCACCCUUCGCUGGCCAAGCCAGCUGGGACGGUUCCGUGAUGCACUCGGCGCAGCACAAGUCGGGUGCCGACUGGCGCGGCAAGCGUGCACUUGUUGUUGGAGCGUGCACUUCUGGACACGACCUCUGUGUGGACAUGGCUCAGAACGGCGUCGACGUCACCAUGCUCCAGCGCUCCCCGACGUUCAUCAUGACGGUCGAGAACGGCAUGAACAAGAUGGUCGUGCCGCUGUACAACGAGACCAUGGGGGAUGUCGACGCCGUCGACCGCGUGGCCGAGUCGUCGCCCAAGUUUGUCGUCAAGCUGUUCCACCAGCGGUUCAUCAAGGAACUCAAGGUCGAGGACGGCGAGCUGCUCGAUGGCCUCACGCGUGCCGGCUUCAAGCACUGGUCUGGCCCCGACGACUCGGGCUUCAUCAUGAUGGCCCUGGACAAGGCCGGCGGCUACUACUACAGCACGGGCGGAAGCGAGAUGAUCGCCAAUGGCGACAUCAAGGUCCAGCAGGGCGAGAUCGCCUCCUUUGAGCCCGGCAAGAUUGUCAAGUUCAAGGACGGCACCGAGGGCCAGUUUGACGUGGUCAUCUUCGCCACUGGAUACACUGGCUUCCCCGACAUGGUCCGUGACACGCUCGGCCCCAAGUGUGCGGCCACCUUCAACCCCGUCUGGGGUCUCGACGCAGAGGGCGAGAUCCAAGGCGUCGCGCGCGACUCGGGUAUCCCCAACAUGUUCUUCACCGUCGGCGCACUGGCAGCCGGCCGCCUCACCUCCAAGGUCAUUGCGCUCCAGAUCCUCCAGCAGCGGCUGGGCGUGUUUGGCGAGCGCUACACGUACGCCAGGCAGCUCGAGGAUGGCGGUAUUGCGGGGGCCAAGGCCAAGACCAACGGCACCGUCUGA